AUGGGAGCUGGCGUCUUCUUCUCCGGCAUGUUCCAAUUGUUGGUCCUCACUUCCGUCCUGGUUGGAUGCGACGGCGCCGCUCCGUUGAAGGAGCGGCUGCUGCCCCACAGAUCGACGCAGCAGCAUCAGCAGCAGCAGCAGCUCGCCGGAUCGAAGAAGUACGAGGGAUCCUCCAACCUGGUCCACCUGCGGUACCACAUGGGGCCGGUCCUCACCUCCCCCAUCAACAUCUACCUCAUCUGGUACGGCCGCUGGAGCUCUGGCGAGCAGUCUACCAUCCGCGACUUCCUCCUCUCCAUCUCCGACGCCUCCGCUCCGCCGCCGUCCCUCCACCACUGGUGGUCCACCGCCGCCCUCUACACCGACCAGACCGGCGCCAACAUCACCCGCGCCAUCUCCAUCGCCCGCGAGCUCUCCGACCCCCUCCACUCCCGCGGCACCGCCCUCACCCGCCUCUCCAUCCAGCAGGUCAUCGCCGACGCCGUCGCCGCCCACCACCUCCCCGUCGACCACCGCAACGGCAUCUACCUCGUCCUCACGGCGCGUGAAGUCACCGUGCAGGACUUCUGCCGCGCCGUCUGCGGCUUCCACUACUUCACCUUCCCUUCCAUCGUCGGCCACACGCUGCCCUACGCGUGGGUCGGCAACAGCGGCGCGCAGUGCCCGCAGGAGUGUGCGUACCCCUUCGCUGUGCCCUCAUACAUGACCGGCACGGCGGCGCUACGGCCGCCCAACGGCGACGUGGGCGUGGACGGCAUGGUGAGCGUGAUCGGGCACGAGCUGGCGGAGCUCGCCUCGAACCCGCUAGUGAACGCCUGGUACGCCGGUGAGGACCCCACGGCGCCGACGGAGAUCGCCGAUCUCUGCGAGGGCGUCUACGGCUCCGGCGGCGGCGGCGGCUACAUGGGCCAGGUGCGGACCGACGGCAGCGGCAGGAAGUACAACGUCAACGGGAAGCGCGGCCGGAGGUUCCUGGUGCAGUGGCUAUGGAGCCCCCUCCUGAACGCCUGCGCCGGCCCCAACGCCAUCGACUAA